AGCCCAACAAUAAACCGGAAUAUCCGCUCCAAACUCUCCUAAACCUCCCCGCGGUACUUAUCAACCCCAAGAUCGCCUCUCUCUCUCUCUCUCUCUCUCUCUCUCUCUCUCUCACCACACCGAGUUUCCAUCCUGCCCGUCAGGCGCUAGGCCGCUAGGGCCGGCGUGCAAUACAUACGUGGUAGUAGUAGUAACAAUGGGCAGCGAGCUGCCGGCCGCGGCGCCGCCGCAGCCGAAGCGAUCCACCGCGGCGGCGGCGGUCGCGCGCAGACGGAUAGGGCGCGAGCUGUGGCAGUUCUGGCUCGAUCCGCCGCCGUACUGCCGGCCCGGGCCAUCCCCCGUGAAGGACCACUUCCACUGGGAGGUGGUCAUCGAUGGCCCCGCCGCCACCCCCUACGCCGGCGGCGUGUUCCCCGUCGACGUCUGGUUCCCCUACGAUUACCCCUUCCGUCCCCCCAAGCUCUUCUUCAAGACCAAGGUGUACCAUCCGAACAUUGACGGGAAGGGGAGGAUGGCGCUGGACAUCUUCCAGGACAACUGGUCACCGGCCUUGACGAUCAACAAACUCCUCUUGUGCUUCGUCUCCGUCCUCUUCGACCCCCUGCUCGACCGCCCGACCAACCGCUGCAUCGCCAAGCAGUACAAGCACGAGUACGAGGCGUACGAGGAGAAGGCCAGGGCUUGGACGCAGAAGCACUCCUCGACGCCGAUCGUCUCGCACUACCCACCGUACGCUGUCAUCGGCAGCACGCCGCCGGCUGUUCCUCACUUCCCAGCGACUGCAGCCAGGAGAAAGGCUGCUGCAUCUUCAGCUUCAGGUUCAGUAAGCAGCAGCCGCAUUCCGUUGCUUAUGAAGGAUGAGAGUAUCUGGAGAAGGACAAUGAAGUUUUUUCAGGGUUAGUCUUCUUAAUUAUCGUCUACGUACUGCACAGACACUGAAAACAGAUAAGGGAAAUUAGAGUUCUUUCUUCCUCACAGAUGAAAUAUGUUAUAUCUAGAAUUUUAUUUUACUGUAUUGUGAAUUGUUGAGAGGUAUGCAUACUUGUAUCAAAUCUUCAGGUUAUGAUCUGUCACCACACGGUAAUGACAUGGAGCUGCUGACUAUGAGGAGUGAUAAACAAAGUCCUUAUUUAUCUUUUUAGUCUGAUGUGCAGCACUUAACUUUCCACUCUGUUUCUGAUGUGCAAUCUUUUUGCUUGUUCGCGAAACUUUUCAUUCUGUUUUGUAAAUAAGUGUUGAUAUAUAUGUGAGCACUGGAGCCA